AUGUCUUCAUCUGCAACACCACAGCCACCAUCAUCAAAGAAUAGCAAAUCGAGAUUCCACACCACCAGUCUCGAUGCCAAUCAAUUACGUUCACGUCAUUUAUACAAUUUAAUUCAUUCAACAUCAAUAUCAACACCAUUGAAUAAGCUAUAUUCGCUUCAAUUUGAUAAACUCAAUAGUACAUAUGGUAUUACUACCAAAGCUGCCACUCCAGCAUCAUCUUUAGUGCUUAAUCAUAAAAUAUGCCAUGCGUGUGGUGUUUUACUUGUACCGGGAGUUAAUGUAUCUAUACGGAUCAAAUAUAGAAAUAAUAAAAGCAAGAAAAGGGAAAACAAAAGCAAAAGUGCAAAUGAUUCUGACUCAUUGAGUAGUAGGAGGCUUAGAUUUAAAUGUUUGAGUUGUGGUGAUAAAACCUAUGAACCUUUACUUGAUGGCAGUGAAAAACAACGAAACACCAUCACUGUAAAAAGUAGUAAUAAGGACAAAGUCACUAGUAAAACUGUUGAAACCCCAGAACCGUCAUCAUCUAACGCCGUAGAGCUCCCUCAAUCAAACCAAUCAGUGAACUCAAAGUUGGACCUAGAGGAAACACCCGAAUCUGAAGCAAAUACGAUAGCCACAAAUACAGGAACAGCUACGACUGCGGAGCUGAACCAACCUAAUUCCAAGAAUAAAUUAGCUAAACAACGAGCUAAAAAGAGAAAAGCAGAAUUAAAUUUAUUAUCCAAUUUAAAACAUCGUAAAACUGAUCAAUCAUCAAAAUUGGAUUCACUAAACUUAUCAGACUUCCUAAAGUGA